AUGUCGACCGAAUCUACACAGUCGCAGGCAUGCUGCAACACACCUGCGGUGGUCAGUAAAGGCUACCAGCCAAAGGGUGAUUAUAUUGAGGUAGACGGAUUGAAGACCUACCAGACCGGUCCCAAGGACGCAAAACAAGGAAUUCUAGUCGUCUACGACAUUUUCGGAUUCUUUAAUCAAACACUGCAAGGCGCUGAUAUCCUGGCUUACACCGACAGCCAGAAGUACCAAGUUUUCAUGCCUGAUUUCUUCGAGGGCAACCCAGCCGACAUCUCCUGGAUGCCGCCAGAUACCAAGGAGAAGGAGCAAAAGAUGGGGGAGUUCUUCAAGUCGCAAGCUGCGCCUCCGAAGACACUGCCGCGCAUUCCGAAGAUUGUCGACGAGCUCAGCCAGAAGAACGGCAUUGAGAAGUGGGCUAUCAUUGGCUUCUGCUGGGGCGGAAAGAUUGUCAAUUUGUCGUCCAUGGAAGGCACAAAGUUCAAGGUCGCCGCUGCGUGCCACCCCGCCAUGGUUGCUGGCGACGACGCUCCCGGCAUCAAGAUCCCCUACAUCAUGCUUCCUUCGGGCGAUGAGCCUAAAGACGAUGUUAAGAAGUGGGAGGAGGGUAUCAAGGUUCCUCACGUUGUAGAAUGGUUCCCAGACCAGAUUCACGGCUGGAUGGCGGCACGCAGUGACCUUGAGCAGGAGAAGGUUAAGAAAGAGUAUGAGCGUGGGUAUAAGAUGGUGUUGGACUUCUUCCACAAGCACAUGUGGAACGGCGGUUUAAAGGCCGAGGGCACGUCGGCAAUUGAUCACGUUGUGGACGAACAUGUCGCAGAUUAUCUAGGAGCAUUGGGCGUACUUCGGCUUACUUUUGUCGCGACUUAUCCUUUCGCACCCGUAGCAGGCGCAAUUGCAGGCGUUACCGCAGCUGCCGCCUACAUCGACGCCAAAUACCACAUCACCAAAGACCUCAAGAGCCAACGCGUCCUGAAGGCGGCCGCGCGCGACCUCGAGAGAAAUGCACAAGGCAAGGGCCAGUCUCUGUGGUACCAAUUCGAAGCCCAAGUCCGCCGCCUGCCCUCGACCGAAGAAUGCAUCUGGUCUCGCACCGGCUGCUACACAUGGGCCGAAACCUACGCCAAUGCCUGCCGAUAUGGCCAAUACCUCCGCCAAAAUGGCCUUGUCCCCGGUCAGCUCUUCGCCAUGUACAUGAUGAACCGCCCCGAAUUCGUGUUCGCACAUCUCGGUAGCUGGAGCGUAGGAAGCGCGCCAGCGUGGAUCAACUACAACCUCGCAGGCGAUGCGCUGGUGCACUGUUUGAAAGUGAGUGGCGCCAAGGUGCUGCUUGUGGACGAGGAUCAAGAGUGCAGAGAUCGUAUCGAAGCUGUGAGAGAGAGGCUGGAAAACGAACUGGGCAUGACUGUCCUGGUCCUCGACACGGCUCUGAAGGGAGAGAUAUCCAGGCUGGAACCCGCGAGGCCCGAGGAUGAGCUUCGGGUGGGCAUGAAGGGGAAGUUCCCCCUCUUCCUGUUCUAUACAAGUGGCACAACUGGACACCCAAAAGCUUGUCCUUUCGAAACCCAGAGAGCAGUCGGUUUGACUCAACGUGUAGGUGCAAUGGGGCUCAAGUCCGGGCCCAACGGCGACAGAUGGUAUGUCUGCAUGCCUCUAUAUCACGGCACCGGAGGCACUACAGCACUCGUCUGCAUGGUUACCGGUCUCACAUGCUGUAUCGGAACCAAGUUCUCGACAUCCAGGUUCUGGACCGACGUACGUGAUUCGAGAUCUACCGCCAUCGUCUAUGUAGGAGAGACCGCUCGCUACCUUCUCAACGCCCCUCCAACCGAUCUGGAUCGGAAGCACAAUGUCAGAGCCAUGUUCGGAAAUGGCCUUCGCCCUGACGUAUGGCAGCGGUUUGUUGACCGCUUCGGCAUCGAGGUCGUUGGUGAAUUCUUCAACAGCACAGAAGGCGUCAUGGCGCUGUUCAACGGUUCUCGUGGACCCUUUACCGCCACAUCAGUCGGCCACCAGGGUAUCAUCGAUCGCUGGCGAACCCACAAUACCUACGUCCCCGUUGAAGUCGAUAUCGUGACAGGAGAUCUCCUCCGUGAUCCCAAGACCGGCUUCUGCAAACGAAAGGCCUACGAGGAGGGAAGUGAGAUUCUCGUCCAGAUGCCAAGCGAGCAAGCUUUUGUCGGCUACUGGAACAACCCCGAUGCCACAGAGAAACGCUUCGAGCGCAAUGUCUUCAAGAAAGGCGACCUCUAUUACCGCACUGGCGACGCACUCCGCCGCGACGCUGAUGGCCGUUGGUUCUUCAUGGACCGCCUCGGUGACACCUUUCGCUGGAAAUCUGAGAACGUCAGUACAGCAGAAGUCAGCGAAGCACUUGGCUCCUUCCCAGGAAUUCAAGAGGCAAACGUUUAUGGUGUCGAAGUGCCUGGCUUUGAUGGUCGAGCAGGCUGUGCAGCCAUUUACAUCGAUCCUGCUCAUCUAGACUCCUUCAAUUUCAACGCGCUGCUUGCGCAUGCGAAGACGAAGCUGCCAAAGUACGCAGUACCUGUGUUUUUGAGGGUCCAGAAACAACAAACGACAAUGCAUAACAACAAGCAGAACAAGGUUCCAUUGAGGAACGAUGGCAUCGAUUUGAGGAAGCUUAUGGAAAGGGCGGACAAGGAAGCCAAGGAGCAAGGGAAAGAAGAGGUAGAGUACGACACCAUGUACUGGCACCCUGCUGCUCUUGGAUCUGGCAAGGGCAAGACUAGUAGCGACGACGGCUAUGUUGUUUUUACCAUGGCGGACUGGGAUUUGCUUAAAGGAAGCGUGGAUGUAGAGGGCGGUGCCAAACUAUGA